AUGUCUCGAUCUUGGAGUUAUGCCGAUAGCACAUCAAGCAAAGAGGUUGCACCUCUUAGUCCUCAAAGCACUUCAGAUGUAGUUCCAGCGAAGGCUCAUAUGGGAGAUGCUCUCUCCUCACUGUUCACAAGCGGGAAAUACAGUGAUCUCGUGAUUAGAUGUCGAGGGAAGAGAUGGAAUGUCCAUAGACUCGUGGUUUGUAUGCAAUCCAGGCCAAUAGCGGCUGCUCUAGAUGGAGGCUUCAAAGAAGCUAGUACUGGAGAGUUUACGCUUGAGGAGGAUGACCCCGAGACCGUGCAGCUAAUGUUGAAGUUCAUGUAUACUGGUAUUUUGGACAUCGAAGUUCCAACUCCACCCAUUACCCAGACGACAGAGACGAAGCCCUCCACGAGUGGAUUUCCAUACUCCAACGACACACAAUGCACCUCAAAUUGUCCUCCGCGACACGGUGCACCAAUUCUUUCCCAUUUGCAACCAGUCUCGUACUACCCGUCACAGCCAUACAUCUCCAGCGCCUCAUAUGGAUUUGGACCAUUCAACCCGCCCUCCUACGGCGGUGGUAUUGUGACCAACAGCAUAGCGACACAGCACAAUAAUAUCUUUGGGUUUAACUCACAGACGGGGUCGGUAGUGGGUUUCAAUCCUCGUCCUGCCGCAGUAUCUUAUGUCGGAACACCUCCAAUCCUUAACAUGACGACCAAUCCGCCUGUUACUUCUUCAAACCCAAUCUACGUUGGGCCGAAGAACGGAACCUCAUCUACACCUACUCCCUCAGCAGAGCCGGACGCCGACGCUCUAUCCAAAGGCCUCCUAGCUGCAGCCGAAGUCUACGUCCUCGCAGAUAAAUACGACGUCUCCGCCCUGAAGUCUCUCGCUUGCGACAGAUACAAAGCGCUCAGUGGUACAUACUGGGAUAGCGAGGAGUUCAUCGAAAGUCUAAGCAUAGUUUUCGACGGAACUCCGGAUAUGAACGAGAGGGACAUGCUCAGAGCAGCGGCUCUCGACACGGCUGUGGCACACGCGAAGGAAUUGUUGGAUAAGGAGAGCUUCCAGGAACUGUGUCAAUACAGGGGAGACAUUGCUACUGCUGUUCUUAUCGCUUCUGUGGACAAGCCAAAUUCGACCAGGCAGAGUUUGUCACAGUGGGACUCGUUCGGCGAUGUAGUUCCAUGCGGUUUCGAUAAUUUUCCUGAUUUUACAUGA